AUGGCGGCUUUCAAUCCCUUCCUGGCUAGACCAGACCUGGCCCUUCUACCCUUGAUGGGCCAAUUCCCGAAUCUUGCCGGUCCAACGGGCUUCUUCCCGAGGAUCCCCACCGAAAUCGCCGAACUCUCGCAACCUCCACAGCCACCCCGACCGUGUGAGGAUGACGGUGUCGAAGAUCAUCCUCAAGUUGAACUCGACGAUCAAGAGCUAUGGAGAAGUUUCUCCUCAGCUGGCACCGAGAUGGUGAUCACGAAAAGUGGAAGACGAAUAUUCCCGGCUUUCAAAGUGAAGCUUUCCGGUUUGGACAAGAAGAGUAAGUACACUCUUUUGAUGGACAUUGUGCCAGCAGAUGAGUGUCGAUAUAAAUUCAAUAACAGUCGAUGGAUGGUUGCCGGAAAGGCAGAUCCCGAAAUGCCGAAGAGGAUGUACAUCCACCCAGACAGUCCAGCCACUGGAGAACACUGGAUGGCUAAAGGAGCCAACUUUCACAAGCUCAAACUCACCAACAACAUGGCCGACAAGCACGGAUUUACAAUUCUCAACUCAAUGCACAAAUACCAGCCUCGAUUACACGUCGUCCGCUGUGCCGAGCUCAUCCAAUUGCCUGUCUCGACUUUCAAGACUUUUGUCUUCAAAGAAACCGAAUUUAUCGCCGUUACCGCCUAUCAAAACGAAAGGGUGACGCAGCUCAAGAUCGACAACAAUCCGUUUGCAAAAGGAUUUCGCGAUUCAGGAGCAGGGAAACGCGAGAAAAAACGGGUUAUGCAGAAUGGCUCUCUUGGACAUCCACCUCGAAGUGAUCAAAGUGAAAGUGGAAGCAGUCCUCCUCCAAAGUCUUCGCCGGAUCGACGAGCUGAUAGCGCGGGACCUGACGAGGAAGACUCCGAUGAGGAAGAGAGAGGACCCGCACCCAAACGAGUAAAGCAAGAACAACCCACGCAUUGCCCUGUCAAUCCAAUAACUGGGAUCGGCCCUCCUCCAGGAUUACCACAUCGAGCCAUGCAACCUCCGCAUGGACUUUUCCCUUUCAUGAUGCCUCCUCCAGAAGUUCUCUACUCUCAACUAUUGGCUCAAUGGCAUGCUCACAAUCACAUGCUGCAACAGACUUUCAAUUCAGCUGCAGCAGCAGCCGUUGCAGCAGCAGUGCCAGCAAUGUCAACCUCAUCCCCAUCAAACAAUCUUCCAAUGAAGAGCCCAAAAAAAGAAGAGUCUCAAAGUAUUCGAAAGGGUUUUGGUGUUUGUGACCUCCUCGCCAAAGAA